AUGAUCUGCGGACCGAUAAAAUGCGGUCAGGCGCGUCUCUACUGGGACCUAGGUAAGUACCCGGCCGUUGCCGUAGCUGGCCUCGGCGACGCUUCCAAAUGGGACGAGCUGGACGAAAUAAACGGUGCCAAGGAGAACGUUCGUAUUGCCGCGUCCGCCGGCGUGAGGGCCCUGGCAGGGUGCAAAAUCGGCCGCGUAGAGGUAGAAGACCUGGAGGAUGCGCAAGCCGCCGCCGAGGGAGCCCUGCUAGCGAACUACAAGUUUCAACCGUACAAAUGCAAGGACAAGCAGACGUCGCUGCCGGAGGUUUCGUUGGCCGAGCAGGCCGAAGGAGCGGUCGAGUGGGAACGUGGCUGGAUUCUGGGGGGUGCGCAAAACUGGGCCCGGGUGUUGAUGGAGACACCCGCCAACCUGAUGACUCCGACCAUCUUUGCCGAAACUGUUCAAACCAAAAUGGCCACUGUUGGGAAUGGUGUGCAAGUUCUGGUGCACGACGAAGCCUGGGCCAAGGAGAAGGGUAUGGGUUCGUUCCUGUCGGUUACCAACGGCACUAAGGAACCGGCCAAGUUCCUGGAGAUCACGUACAAGGGCGAAGGUUCCGACGACAAGUGCAUCGCCCUGGUCGGCAAGGGUGUUACGUUCGAUUCCGGCGGUAUUAGCAUCAAGCCAUCGGCCAGCAUGGACCAAAUGCGCGCCGACAUGGGAGGAGCGGCGAAUGUGGCCGCAACGAUUUACGCAUUGGCCCAGUUGAAAGCACCAGUCCACGUGAAAGGAUUCAUCCCGCUGUGCGAAAAUAUGCCAAGUGGUACGGCCACCAAACCCGGAGAUGUCGUAUUUGCUAUGAACGGCAAAAGUAUCUGCGUGGACAACACCGAUGCCGAAGGGCGACUAAUCCUGGCCGACGCACUAUGUUACGCUUCAACAUUCGAACCCAAGUUCAUUGUGGACAUCGCUACGCUGACUGGUGCAAUCAAGGUCGCGCUGGGAGAUUGCGUCGCGGGAGUUUUCUCGACCAAUAGCGCGCUGUGGAACCAAAUCCACGAGGCCGGAUCGGACACCGGAGAUCGCGUGUGGCGCAUGCCUUUGUUCAAGCAUUACUCCGACCAAAUGUGCGACCACGGCGGGUACGAUUUGAACAACCUUGGCAAGGGAAAGGGUGGAGGGUCAUGCACGGCUGCUGCCUUCCUGAGGGAAUUUGUUCCGAAAAAUACGCCUUGGAUGCAUAUCGACAUCGCUGGGGUUAUGGGAGAUUGUAGCGAUCAAACAUGGAUGGGGGCCAAAGGCAUGACGGGUCGACCGAUGAGAACUCUGGUCCAAUUCAUCACAAAUGCUAAAGUUUAA